UUUGUUUCAGUACCCGACCUGUGUAAGAUGAGUUCUGUUAUCUGUCUGUUGGUGAUCAUCCAGGCCGUGUCGGUUACAGCUGCACAAGGACCAGGAUCAAGUUGUCACUACAAGAAUGGAUGCAGUCCUCCCCCCGACGUGUGUUCAGUGCCUCCUCCAGCUUGUCAGACAGACUGGUCUGGAAGGUACUGUCAGAUGUAUAACAUCGCACGUGGAAAACCUGCCAGUCAGAGCAGCACAUGGACAGACAAUACCGGUACAUAUGAUGCCGGUAAAGCUGAUGACGGGGAUGUCAGCACAGACUGGAACAGUGGUAGUUGUUCACAUACAGACGAAGUAGAUGGUGGGAAUGCCAGCUGGCAUGUUCUUCUUGGUGGGACGUUCCUAAUCAGCCGGAUCACAAUCUAUCUCCGUAGUAACGCCAUUGACCACUAUCAAGCAAUGGAAGUAUUGGUCAACAACAGAACAUGUAGAAAGCUACCUCUGACAGACAUCACAGAUUCUCUAGAUCAGCUGAUAAGUAACCCUGUGACUCUCAGCUGUAUACAACCUAUAGAGGGCGACACUGUAACCGUUGUAAUGGCGGGGCCUUACUUGGCACUUUGUGAGGUGCAGGUGUUUGGCGAGAAGAAAGUGUCAUGCCACUGUUCAAAUGGCUGCUCAGAUUUCCCCAACACUCCAUGUACAGCACCUUCAACGGGCCCAGUUUGCAUACCACCAUGGUUCGGAAGCUUUUGCCAGAUGGAAAACAUUGCCUUUCAAAAGACAGCAGCACAGAGUAGCAAUUAUAGUGAAAACGGCCCCUUUUGUGCUGCGUAUGCUGUAGAUGGGAACACUGACACAGAUUUCACUCAAAGGAGUUGUUCUGAGACAGAUGAACCGGUUGGUGGGUCUGCCAGCUGGCAGGUGCUCCUUGAUGAUCAUCAGAUGUUCAACAUCAGCAGCAUCAGGAUCUACCUGCGAGACAGCUUUUGGGACCGCAACAAUGGCCUGCAGGUGCUUGUGAACGGCGACCUGUGUGUCCCUGUGAGUGGAACACCUGACUGGUUACAUGGACCUGUCACAAACCCUGUUGACGUCACAUGUACCCACGUAAUGAAGGGGAAUAAUGUUACCAUCACCAUAAACGGGGUAUUUCUGGCAUUGUGCGAGGUUCAAGUUUUUAUUUGCAGUGACGGUUGGUUUGGCUCUGACUGUAACAAGCAGUGUCAGUGUCUAGAUCCAUCUGAAGUAUGUGACAAGGAGACUGGCUACUGUAGGAGUGGAUGUGCUGCUGGGAAACACGGACCUGGGUGUCAGCAAGACUGUGACCAUGGUCACUACGGGGUCAGCUGUUCCUACACGUGUGGUCAGUGUAGUGGGUCAUCUGAUUGUCAGAAGGUUAAUGGAACCUGCACACAGGGAUGUCAACGGGGUUACAGUCCCCCUUUGUGUAAAGUGUGCAAUGAUCGGUGGUUUGGCACCAACUGUAGUGAACAGUGCAAGUGUCAGAAUGAAACAGAAGUAUGCGACAAGACCACCGGGAGCUGUACAAGUGGCUGCCGUGCUGGAAAGACAGGGGUUGGAUGCCAGGAUGAAUGUGGAGACUACACGUACGGUCUGAACUGUUCUGGUGUGUGCAGCUGUCUGAACCAGUGUGAGGUGUGUGACAAAGUCACAGGGGAAUGUGGAACUGGGUACCAGACGACAACAACAACAAUAACACCAGCAACAGGAACAACAGAGCAAUGUCAAUGCACUGCGAGUCCAGUCAAAGAUGAUGAUACAGGCAAUGCAACAGACGUUCGCUUCAUCGUCGUGUGUUGCCUAAUGGUGUUGCUCUUGGCAUACUUAGCUGUAGUAACAACACUUAAUGUCAGGCUCAGACGACUACAAGCCCUAAGCAAAGCUGAACUUGAAAAACAAUAUAUGUCACUGGAAACUCCAGAGGAAUCAUCUGCCUAUGACGUCAUUACAAAACAAGGAGUCACUAAUGAUGUUUAACUUUUCUUCAGUCGGGAAGCGGGUGUGUCUGAUUACUUACAGUUUGUCAACGCGUAGUUACGAAGCAGGUAGUGAUAAGAAAAUAGCAAAGGCGUUUUACUUCAUCAAAACACAUAGCAGCCCCAUUAUGUUUCCUUGUUCAAAGGUUUCAGCUUUGUUUAAACGUCUUAGAUUAGGAGAUGUCACAAAGUGACUUUAGUUUCCCGUGGGACCACCGAAUAUACGUCGAGUUAUUGAUAUAUCGAGAUGAUCUAAGAAUUAUCACAAAAUCUCAAACUGCAUCUACCUGUAAGUCUUUUAUUCUUGAUCAAAAUGACAGAGAGACAGAGUUUAUUUCCAGUAAAAGGCCGUAGACCGAAAAUACAUUCAAAAGGAAAGUCCAGUGUAG